UGACGCACGUGGGCGGGGCCAGGCUCAAGGGAUCCCCGAGGUCACGACCCGCGGGUAGAGGCUGUGGUGACGCUGGCCAGGGCAGGAUCGCUGGGAAGUACCCUCCGUCCGCCGCCUGCCCGCUGCCCGAGAGGCAGCACCCGCAUCCGUGGGUGGGGCAGAAGGCGCUGUGCCUGAAGCAGCUGCUGCACAGUCCUUGGGAGACUAAGAAAUGAGAAAGAUAGCAAACCAUGGGACCCUGCGGAUGACGAAGGUGGCAUACCCCCUGGGGCUGUGCGUGGGCCUGUUCAUCUAUGUCGCCUACAUCAAGUGGCACCGGGCUUCUGCUGCCCAGGCCUUCUUCACCAUUGCAGCAGCAGCCUCAGGGGCACGGUGGGGCCAGCAGGCCCACAGCAUCCCAGACUUAGCCACAUAUGGUCAAGAGGUCUUCUACGGGAUCAUGUUUGAUGCUGGGAGCACCGGCACUCGCAUACAUGUCUUCCAGUUUGCCCGGCCACCUGGAGAAACUCCCAUCUUGACCCACGAAACCUUCAAAGCACUAAAACCUGGACUUUCUGCAUAUGCUGACGAUGUUGAAAAGAGCACCCAGGGGAUCCAAGAGCUGCUGGAUGUUGCGAAACAAGACAUUCCAUUUGACUUCUGGAAGGCCACACCUCUGGUCCUCAAGGCCACAGCUGGUUUGCGCCUAUUACCAGGAGAAAAGGCUCAGAAGUUACUGCAAAAGGUGAAAGAGGUGUUUAAAGCAUCACCUUUCCUGGUAGGAGAUGACUGUGUUUCCAUCAUGAAUGGAACAGACGAAGGCGUCUCGGCCUGGAUCACCAUCAACUUCCUAACAGGAAAGUGGAGAGAUGCUAAGGGGAGCAUGCUAAGGAGAGGUGUCUGUGGGAAGCAGAGUGGAGACAGAACCAAAGGGGACCUUGCAGCUCCUGUCAGCAUAUCAAGGGCCUGGCUUUUGACCUUUCUUGAACUUCCUACUGUUCUCAUCUGCUUCCUAAUACGACAGUGCUGUGUCUUUACUCGCUGUGAUCUAGGCAGUUUGAAAACCCCGGGAAGGAGCAGUGUGGGCAUGCUGGAUUUGGGCGGAGGAUCCACUCAGAUCACCUUCCUUCCUCGGGUCGAGGGUACCCUUCAGGCCUCCCCGCCCGGCCACCUGACCGCGCUGCAGAUGUUUAACAGGACCUACAAGCUCUAUUCCUACAGCUACCUGGGGCUGGGACUGAUGUCGGCACGACUGGCAAUCUUGGGCGGUGUGGAGGGGAAACCUGCUAAGGAUGGGAAGGAAUUGCUCAGCCCUUGUUUGCCUCCUGAGUUUAAAGGAGAGUGGGAGCAUGCUGAAAUCACAUACAGAAUUUCUGGACAGAAGGCAGCCAGCCUUUAUGAUCUGUGCGCCCACAGAGUAUCGGAAAUUCUUCGAAAUAAAGUGCACAGGACACAAGAGGUGGAUCACGUGGACUUUUAUGCUUUCUCCUACUACUAUGACCUUGCAGCCAGUGUGGGCCUCAUAGAUGCUGAGAAGGGAGGCAGCCUGGUUGUCGGGGACUUUGAGAUAGCAGCCAAGUAUGUGUGUCGGACCCUGGAGACCCGGCCGCAAGCCAGCCCCUUCACGUGCAUGGAUCUCAUCUACAUCAGCUCACUGCUCCAGGAGCUUGGCUUCCCCAGGGACAAAGUGCUAAAACUGACUCGGAAAAUUGACAAUGUCGAGACCAGUUGGGCUCUGGGGGCCAUUUUCCAUUACAUCGACUCCCUCAACAGACAGAAGAGUCCACCCUCAUAGCUGCGGAGCCUCAAUUCUCACCCCAGCCAGCAUUUCCAGCUCCCAUAUCCAUGGAUCCCUCCAUCCUGGACAUGAUUCCAUUCUUAAAGAGUCACCAUGCUGAUUGAGAACCUCCUCCCGCUGCCUGCAGUGGUACCUGUCACAGAUUUGCCUGGAACUAGUGGGGCUAGUGCUGACUGGUCCAGUCCUGCUGUGCCUCAUUUGGCAAAGCCUGGGCCUGGGGACAUGGACCCCGCCCCAGGCCUCCUGUCUGCCUGCCUCCAGGUAAACAGUGAGCCAGACAGGGCCAAGGGCAUACGCUCGAGGC